AUGUGGAACAGACAUUUUGUCUUGUAUCUCCUGCUUUUGCCAGCUUUUAUGAGUCAAACAAUAUAUGGACAAAGAAAGAAAGGAUCAAAGUCCAAUUUACUUGCAAGGAAAAACGCCACUUGCUUCAUAGGUCUUGUCUUCAUCGUGGACAGCUCUGAAAGUUCUAAAAUUUUUCUCUUUGACAAACAGAAAGAUUUUGUAGAUAGCUUGAGUGACAAGAUUUUUCAACUGACCCCGGUUGGCUCCUUGAAAUAUGACACCAAACUGGCAGCCCUUCAGUUUAGCAGCUCUGUCCAAAUUGAUCCACCUUUUUCUUCUUGGAAGGAUCUACAGACUUUUAAACAGAGGGUCAAGUCUAUGAAUUUCACUGGGCAAGGUACUUUCUCUUAUUGUGCCAUCGCCGAUGUCACGAGGCUACUUAAGAGAGAAGGCAAAGAUGGUGUGAAAGUGACCUUGCUGAUGACUGAUGGCAUCGACCAUCCAAAGAAUCCAGAUGUUCAAAGUAUUUCUGAAGAUGCCAGAACUUCAGGAAUAUUAUUUAUCACCAUUGGACUCUCUACUCUAGUCAAUGAAACCAAACUUCGUUUGAUAUCUGGGAAUCCAUCCAGUGAACCCAUUCUACUGUUGAAAGAUUCAACCCUUGUAGAUAAAAUUCAGGAUCACCUGGAUAUCUUAUUUGAAAAGAAGUGUGAACGCAAGAUUUGUGAAUGUGAGAAGGGGGGUCCAGGCGACCCAGGGCCUGCUGGUACACAUGGAAACCCAGGUAUCAAAGGUGAGUGAGGACCUAAAGGAAACCCGGGUGAUGCUCAAAAAGGGAAACCUGGAGAAAGAGGCCCAGGGGGAAUCCCUGGGUACAAGAGUGAGAAGGGUGAACGUGGAGAAUGCGGUAAACCAGGAAUAAAAGGUGACAAAGGAUCCCCAGCACCAAAUGGACCAAAGGGACCCGGAGGACUUCAGGGCAUUACUGGACCUCCAGGGGAUCCAGGCCCGAAGGGGUUUCAAGGCAAUAAGGGUGAACCUGGUCCUCCUGGUCCUUAUGGUCCUCCAGGAGCCCCUGGUAUUGGACAGCCAGGUAUUAAGGGAGAAAGAGGCCAGGAAGGAAGAACUGGGCCUCCAGGACCGAUUGGUGUCAGUGAGCUGGGCCAGACAAUGAGUAGCAAGAAAUUCUAGGGUCCCGGUGGGCCUGAGGGAGCACCAGGAGAGAGGGGCUUACCAGGAGAAAGACCUCCAGGACCAAAGGGUGAGAAAGGUUCUGAAGGACCAGUUGGCCCACAAGGAUUAGAAGGCCCGUCAAUCGAAGGGGACAAGUGGGAUAUGGGACCUGUGGGUCCCCAAGGACCAAUGGGCAUCCCCGGAAUUGGGAGUCAAGGGGAACAGGUAAUCCAAGGUCCUAUUGGUCCACCUGGCCCACAAGGGCCCCCAGGACAAGGCUCACCUGGUCCCAAGGGAGAAGUAGGCCAGACAGGACCUACAGAUCCUAGAGGACCAGUGGGACUUGGAGUGCAAGGUCCAAAGGGGGAGCCAGGCUCAACAGGGCUCCCAGGACAGCCAGGAGUACGGAGAGAAAGAGAUACAGGGAAGAAGGGAGAAGCGGGGCUUCCAGAAGCAAGAGGCCCUGAAGGACCACCUGGAAAAGGACAACUGGGAGAAAGGGGUGAUGAAGGAAAGAAAGGGAGCAAAGGAAACCAAGGACAGAGGGCAUUUCCAGGGCCGGAGGACCAAAGGUGUUUCUUAUAUUCUCAUUUGUGCUUUGGGGAGAUUGUAAUUGUGCCUGGUUUUAAUGGAAUAUUAGAUUUCCACUGUUUUCCUCUCACCAAAUACAAAACAAAAGCCCCCAAAUGGUUUGGAAUUAAGGACUGGCCCCAGCGGCCAGUGAGCUCAGCCUGUUGGUCGUAUUAUGGAAUCAGCACAGUGGGAGGCCUCAGCUGUGAAGAUGGAGGUGGCUCCGGGCAGGAGUCAUCACCAGGUGAUCCAGGGAUUACGAGCCCUUUUGGGAUGCCUGGAACAUCAAUUCUUGGACCACCUGGGCCAAAGGGAGACAGAGGAGGACCUGGGUUUUCUGGAUUUAAAGGAGAACCUGGAAUUGCUAUUCGAGCACCAAAGGUAUCCUUUAUUCAUGUUCUUUCGUUUUUUUUUUUUUUCCUGUAUGUGAGAGAAGUGAAAGUAGAUUUAAUGCAUCAUAAGUUGAUGAUUGUGAUUGUUCUACUUGAAGUCUCUACGGUGUCAGUGAAAAGCAACCGCGUUGGAGAGCCUGGUGUCAGAGGCCCUCCAGGCCUCCCUGGGCCUCGGGGCAUAAGAACCCAAGGGCCAAAGGGUGAUACUGGGCAGAAAGGCUUGCCUGGGGCUCCUGGCCCCCCGGGGGUGGGAAGUGGGGGUGUGCAGGGGGAGCAAGGACCUCAAGGCUUCCCGGGGCCAAAGGGCAUGACAGGUCAUGGCCUCCCUGGCAGGAAGGGAGAGCAUGGAGAACGGGGCGAUGUGGGAAAGAAAGGGGAUAAAGGGGAAAUUGGAGAUCCCGGACCCCAAGGAAAACAGGGGUUACAAGGCUCAAGAGGAGACUGAGGACUGACAAAAGAAGAAAUCAUCAAGCUUAUUUUUGAAAUAUGUGGUUGUGGGCGUAAAUGCAGAGAGGCACCGCUAGAGCUGCUGUUUGUGAUUGACAGCUCAGAAGGUGUGGGACCGGAGAACUUCCCGAUUAUCAAAGACUUUGUGAAGACUGACAGAGUUGCGCUGGACCUUGCCACGGCCCGUAUAGGCGUAAUCAACUAUAGCCAUAAGGUAGAGGAGGUGGAUCAUAUGACGCAGUUCUCCAGCAAGGACGAUCUCAAGCGGGCCGUGGACAACAUGCAGUAUCUGGGAGAAGGCACCUACACAGACACAGCUCUCCAUGCCGCCAACCGCAUGUUCAAAGCCGCAAGGCUGGGUGUGAAGAAGGUGGCCUUGGUCAGCACUGAUCAGCAGACAGAUACGCGAGAUGAAAAGAAUCUGACAGAGGUGGUGAAGGAUGCCAGUGACGUUGAUGUGGAAAUAUCUGUGACUGGGGUGGUGAAGAGAAAUGACCCCAACUUCGAGAUGUUCCACAAAGAAAUGAAUCUAAUUGCUACUGACCCAGACAGUGAGCACGUUUAUCUAUCUGAUGACUUUGUUACCCUUCAAGAUACCCUGAAGUAAAAAUUAUUUAAAAAAUGUUGUGAGGAUUUUGAAUCCUACCUUCAUAUUUUGGGUUCACCACUGCUUCAACCUGGAUUUGGGAUAUCGGGGGAAGAACUCACUGAAUCCACUCCAGAACCCCAGAAAGAAAUUUCUGAGUCUGUCAGUGUCUCUGGAGCCCAGGACUAAGAGAAUGAGCCUUCAGAGCCCACCUGGGCUGCCAGCCUUGCUGCCAUUCCAUCCUCUGAGGCUGCCACCACCCAGGGGCCAUUGCUCAGGUCCCCUGAGGAUCAGGCAGAGGGUCUGGAAACCCAGAGCUCAAAGUCCCAUUUUGAACUCAGAGCAAGAAAAGUUCGUGCACGAAGGUAAGAGAUUUCUGCCCAUCAGCUGUUGUAUCUAUAAUAUCAAGAAGGCACAGAAAGGAUGGUCUCUAAAAUCUCAUCCAGAGAGAACAUGUUUUGACUCUAAACAGGGAGGACAAAAGACACUUUUCAUUUUAUUAUAUAUAGAAUUAGAAAACUGGCUGGUUGUUGGAACAAAUUUGGUCAAUCAAAAAAUGUAAAGCUCUUACAGUAUUUAUUGUUAUUUUAAAAUUGGAAUGCCUUUAGAGAGGAUAUUGCUCUCAUGUUUGCAGUAGCUCUUACCACACUCCCUAUUGUCUUACAUGAAGGCUUCACACAUGUAGACAUUUGAAUUUU